GACAGUAGCUUCUCGGCUUGCAGCAGCAAUGGCGGGAUUGGCGGUUAAGCUGCUGCGCGGCAGCUGUCUGCUAAGAAGACAUUUUCCAACUUGCCUGUCUUCUUGGAAGAUUCCUCCUCAUGUCCAAAAAUCUUCCCAGUCAGAAGCUCUGCUCGAGAUGGCAAAUAACAGACUCCCACUUGCCCCACUGCAAACAUUUACAGAUGACGAAAUAAUGAUAAAGAGCUCAGUUAAAAAAUUUGCACAGGAACAAAUUGCUCCUUUGGUUUCAACCAUGGAUGAAAAUUCGAAAAUGGAGAAGUCAGUACUAGAAGGAUUAUUUCAACAAGGGUUGAUGGGUGUUGAAAUUGACACAAAAUAUGGAGGGACGGGAGCUUCAUUUUUUUCCACUAUCCUCGUGAUAGAGGAAUUAGCCAAAGUCGAUGCAGCUGUGGCAAUCUUUUGUGACCUCCAGAACACAAUAAUUAACAAAAUGAUUACAAAACUUGGAACAGAAGAGCAGAAGGCCACCUAUUUACCCAAGCUGGCUACAGAGAUGAUAGGAAGUUUCUGUCUCUCAGAGGCCGGAGCAGGUAGCGACCCGUUUGCUUUGAAAACGAGAGCUGAUAAAAAGGGAAAUUAUUAUGUCAUCAAUGGGUCCAAGAUGUGGAUCUCCAGUGCCGAGUAUGCAGACCUGUUCCUGGUGAUGGCGAAUGUAGACCCCAACAUUGGAUAUAAAGGAAUUACCUGCUUCUUAGUGGAUCGAGAUAGUGCAGGCCUUCGUAUAGGAAGAGCAGAAAACAAAAUGGGGAUCCGAGCGUCUUCCACGUGCCCUUUAACGUUUGAAGAUGUCAAGGUUCCAGAAGCUAAUAUCUUGGGACAAAUCGGCCAUGGCUAUAAGUAUGCCAUCGAGAGUCUCAAUGAAGGUAGAAUAGGAAUAGCUGCACAGAUGCUGGGACUGGCCCAAGGAUGUUUUGACUACACUAUUCCAUAUAUGAAAGAAAGAACACAAUUUGGCAAAAGAAUAUUCGAUUUUCAGGGGCUCCAACACCAAGUGGCUCUCGUGGCCACCCAGCUGGAAGCUGCGCGGUUGCUGACGUACAACGCUGCGAGGCUCGUGGAGGCCGGAAGGCCAUUCAUAAAAGAAGCUUCCAUGGCCAAAUACUAUGCAUCAGAGAUUGCGGGGCUAACUACUAGUAAAUGUAUCGAGUGGAUGGGAGGAGUCGGCUAUACCAAAGAUUACCCUGUGGAAAAAUACUUCCGAGAUGCAAAGAUUGGUACAAUAUAUGAAGGAACUUCCAACAUCCAGCUGAACACCAUCGCGAAGCACAUCGACGUGGAAUACUGACGUCCGCAGGACUGUGACUUCUUCUGGUGUCAUUGCUGUCAGAGUUUUAACUGUUGUGCCUUGCUGGAGCAGUAAACCUCCAGAGCAUUGAAGUGUUUUAUGUGAGCCCUUAGCUGCGGUGCGGGGGGCAAGUCCCUUUAGAUUUUACCUUUUCAGUCUGCUAAGGCACAAGCGAUCGUUUUGUAAACUGGGGAAGACAAGCAGCCAUAUUUUCUUCAAAACUAGUUUUAAAGUUCUAUACAUAUUUAUAAUGUUAGUCUAAUUUCAGAGUGUAGAAAAGUUUCACCUCAUCAGCAUUUGGAAAAAUAAAACCAGCCAAACUACUGAAUUACUUCUAGAAGUAGUUAUUUUACUAAUAUAUUCCUAUUAAAUCUUCAUCUUGUGGCAUCAGUCAGAGAAAUAUGUUAGAGGAGGAAAUUUUUAUUCAUUACUUUCUUCAGAUCUCAGUUGCUAAAUGAGGUAAAAACUGAUUUAAAAACACCUAUUUAGAAAAAUCUAAAACCUAGUUUUAAAUAUGAGAAUGGAUGAAAAAUAAGUAUGUAACUUUGCAAGUCAUAUAAUCAAGAAAACAUUCUUUUAACCAUGUGAAUGCAGCAAUAUAAUUUGUUACAGUGGUUGAUCUUUAUAAAAGAUGCAGUCCCUCAGGAGGUCAUUUUAAAACCAGGUCUCUACAUUAGUUUUCAAGUAUAAGGUUUAAGUAGUUUGGUUUAAGAGUCAGAAAAUACUCAAUACAAUAUUGUAAUAAUAUGCACAGGUUUUUAAUAGUAACAUUUCUUUCUGUAUUUUAAUUGAAACAGUGUUAUUUCCUCAAAUUUGCUUAUUGGGCUUUAUCCUGAACAGUAUCAGAACUUGGCUCUUGGCUGAAAGAUUCUCAAGAGAGAGAUCUCUUGCAUAAAGAAGGGUAUCAAAAAUCUCAUAAGGAAUGGGGAGGGGAGUUGUAGAGCUUGAGAAAGCGUAUUCAAUAUUAAAAUAAUUUUAUAUUUGGGAAGGCAAAAAUAAAUCUGUUGUUUUAUAGUGCAAAUUAUAAAUAGGAAAAAAUUAACAAAAUCUAUAGUUAGGCCCUUCUUCAGUAUUAGGGAGGAAGAGACCCCUGGAGGCACAGAUUCUGAGCCCCUCAGUAGGGAGCCUGGGGACAACAGAAGAGGGGGAUUUUCACAUGUUCCAGACAGUGGACAUGAACAAGGUCCCAAAGCUCAUGCAGUUGCUUUAACACAUUCAUUACUGUUAAAUGGGAAGCAUUUUAGUACUUCAAUGAAACAGUAAUGUUUAUUAAGAAAACCUGAUGUUUUCAAAGUAAUUUUGCCUUGUACUCUCAUUUUUCUUGAAGUGAAUUAAUUUCUACAAUGCAAAUCAUAGUUAAAUAUUCACAAUUGCAUAAAUACAAUCGAGAUAGGAAUUACAUUAAAAUAUUAGAAGAAGUAAGGACCUAUUUAGACCUUGGAGCCAAAGAGAUAACGUCUACUUGACUUUCAAAUAGGGAGAUGAUGAAAACCCACUCAUUUGGUCUUUCAGAAUAAAAAGCCAGUAAUCUGAUAAGAAAAGUAGGAGAUGGAUGAAAUGCCCUACUGGGGCUUUAGACAUCUGUAAUUUCUGUGAUUAUGGGAAAGAGGUGGGCUUGACAGAUAAUGAAGCAGAAGCCGACACUAGUAGGAAGAAUCCCACCUUCUUCCUGUGGAUUUAUAAACACACAAAA